AUGGAGUGUGUUAAGGCCGUGACAAUGAUAUUCAUGCCAGUCAUUUUCAAUAUCCUGCCUUCGCCGCGUCCAAAUGCACCAAAACGCCUUCCAAAGUGGUCAGUCCUCAACUGCCAUGUCAACGAUCCCCACUUGUCUGAAAACCGUUCUAGAACUUCGUCCAGGACUGACCAUCCGAUUAACCCGGACGUUCCUUUACCAUCCCCUCCGGCUUUCGUCUCAAAUCUUCCUCCCAGCAACUUUGGCAGGGACUCGUUAGACGAAAACGUACCCUUUCAGACUGUAAAUUCUGCCAAUCGUGCGUCACCCACUACUCCUCCUGUCCCUGUGUUCGCCAGACAUCCAAAUCCUGCGGGUGCGGUACUGGAGGGCUUUUGUCUCAUUCCAGUCGCAGUCUCCGGACUGAAGCGUCCUACAGUCAUGAAGCGGGAACCCCCCGAUGGUGCGGAGCAGGAAAUGGACUCAAGUUUUCCCGAACACGAGGCGUUCCAUGAGAGUCCACAAAAUCUCGAGCUCCCCAAUCCUUCCACCACGAAAAGGUCUGCCGGCAGGCCUGAUCUCAGCGAAUACUCUUGUAAAAAGAGCAAAUCGAAUAUGCUUGUCCUCAGCGAAAACAGUGCAUUCUUGCCUGUCCGUUCAAGCAGAAUCACCUGA